CUUGACCUUCACAUUUUAAGACAUCCAUCUUCCAACUUUCAUGCGAAACACGAGCAUUUUGACCCACGAACAGAAACUACCAUCGGUAUAGCCAAGAUGGCUCAGACAUUGAUGCAAGUCCGGGAGUGGAAUGCGGCUUUGAAGUCCGCACGGCCGGAAACAGUGGCCCUGUUCGUCGGUGGCACCAGUGGAAUCGGUAAACAUACUGCCAUCAAAUUGGCCGGCGCAGUUGAGAAACCCACUAUUUACAUUGUCGGUCGCAACGAAGCCGCUGGUGCUCAAGUCCUUGAAGCGAUGACAAAGGCCAAUCCAAAUGGGUCUUACGGGUUCAAGGCUGUCGACAUUUCCGACCUUCGCAGAGUGGACGAAGCCUGCAAAGAACUGAAAACUCAGUUCAAAGCGCUGGACCUCUUGUUUCUCUCGGCUGGAGCUCUUGCAGUCAGCAAGAAUGAGACGGCUGCCGGAAUCGAUGUCAACCACAUGCUACGAUACUACUCUCGCAUGAGAUUCGUUGAGAACCUACUACCUCUGCUUGAAGCUGCACACUACCCCCGUGUGAUCAGCAUUCUGGCUGGUGGUAAAGAAGUCAUGAUCGAGGAAGAUAACUUGGAUCUAAGGAAGCAAUUUUCCCUUUCUGCCAGUACCGGCUACCCGGCCUCCAUGACCUCGCUAGCAUUUGAGGUCCUUGCAUCGGAACAUCCUUCCGUUAGCUUCCUUCAUGUGUUUCCGGGUAUAGUGGCCACACCACUCUUGAAAAAUAGUAUGGGAUCUGUGGCGGGCACAAUCCUGGGGUUCUUGAUGAAGCCCAUCUCGAUUUCGGCUGAGGAGAGUGGAGAAUGGCACACAUGGCUAUCGACUUCACCGAACUUCGCCCCCAAGAAUUCCGGCCAGGGUGCCUAUAUCGUCAACCAUGAUGGCAAGGAUGCGACCAAUCAAUCUCUGAUGACUCAACUCCGAGAGAAGGGAUUACCCGAGAUCGUUUGGAAACAUACGCAGGAUACUUUCAAUCGAAUUCUCACGUAGGGAUCAUGUUCUGAAAUUGGCGACAUGAGAUCCACUAGCAACAAGUGGGCUGCAAGAGGUGAUAUGUCAACGAGUUUAUGUAUUCAAGACGAGGAUGUUCUAACG